GACGGCUCGGAGGCAUAUAUUCCUAUGUUUGAACAGUACAUUCCUCUGGGCUCUGUGGGAUAUAUUGAUCCAUUCUCCAAGAAAUUUGUCAUAUUGUUCAAUGCGAUCAAUCCGGCAUCUUCGACGGAACCCAGAAUCAAUCGCAUCCCUUCCCUCCUCGAGGACGGCCAGACAAAAUUGGUCAUGGACCCAAAAUAUUCCCCCUCCCCGGCGUGGGAUUAUGAAUAUAAAAAGUCCGACAUCCUCCGCAAGCUUGGAGCUUGGACUCAGGGAAGAUCAGUAUAUAGUAUUCCUUUUGCAUGCAACAUAGAAGAACAACUCUAUCUUGGGCUUGGGCGUGCCAUUUCUCAGGAACUUGUAGGAGACCAAUUUGAGAAUUGGCUGUCCGAGCACCAACAGACGAUUACAGAUGUGUUUGGAGACCAUCAUCCCUAUAUCCGAAAGCAUCUGGAACUUGUUACAACCACAGUAGACUCUUCACAAUAUGUUUGGUUUGUCCUUCUUGCGCUUACUUUCAGCACAGAGGUUACAAGCUAUUUCUACUUUCAAGUUGACCGUCAGGCGUCACAUAACCCUGGACGCCCUUGGGGGAAAAUCAAACCUCCUAAGGGUCAUACUCAUCCCAAGCCCAUGUUUCUCUCCUGGGACCACAUCUCCACUGUGGGGCAGUCGCCAAUGACUGUACAAAUUCGCUGCCAUUUUAUCAUGUAGUUCGGGGCAGUUUUUUUUUU